UGGCCUGUAGGCUGCGCUGUUUCCCUCGGCGGUGUCUUUGUUUUUCCUCUCUCGUCUGCUGCUCUCUCUCCAUCAUACGGCGGCUCACUGUUUUUUUUUUUAAAGACAUUUUUGUGUGAUGGCGGAGGACAGCGAGUCUGCGGCCAGUCAGCAGAGCCUGGAGCUGGACGACCAGGACACCUGCGGGAUAGACGGAGACAACGAGGAGGAGAAUGAGCAUCUGCAGGGGAGUCCAGGGGGAGAUUUGGGGGCCAAGAGGAAGAAGAAGAAGCAGAAGAGAAAGAAAGAGAAGCCAAGCUCGGGGGGAGCAAAGUCUGACUCUGCCUCUGACUCUCAGGAGAUUAAGAACCCUGGUUUACCCAUUCAGAAGUUGCAGGACAUCCAAAGAGCCAUGGAGCUGCUGUCCUGCCAGGGUCCUGCAAAGAGCAUCGACGAGGCAGCCAAGCACAAGUACCAGUUUUGGGACACUCAGCCUGUGCCAAAGCUAAACGAAGUUGUGACGAGUCACGGGCCGAUUGAAGCUGACAAAGAAAACAUCAGACAGGAGCCAUAUUCCUUACCUCAAGGCUUCAUGUGGGACACUCUGGAUCUCAGCAAUGCAGAUGUACUGAAAGAGCUGUACACACUGUUAAAUGAAAACUAUGUGGAGGACGAUGAUAACAUGUUCAGAUUUGAUUAUUCACCAAACUUUCUCAAAUGGGCUCUGCGUCCACCUGGCUGGUUACCACAGUGGCAUUGUGGAGUGAGAGUGUCCUCCAAUAAGAAGCUUGUUGGCUUCAUUAGUGCCAUCCCUGCAGAUAUACGCAUCUAUGACACGCUGAAAAGGAUGGUAGAAAUCAACUUCCUGUGUGUCCAUAAGAAGCUGCGUUCAAAGCGUGUGGCUCCUGUGCUCAUCAGAGAGAUCACACGGAGGGUGAACUUGGAGGGAAUAUUUCAGGCAGUAUACACAGCAGGAGUGGUACUCCCGAAACCUGUGUCCACAUGCAGGUAUUGGCAUCGUUCUUUGAACCCGAGAAAACUUGUGGAAGUUAAAUUCUCCCAUCUGAGCAGAAACAUGACCUUGCAAAGAACCAUGAAACUCUACAGACUACCAGAUAGCAUCAAAACUCCAGGACUGCGGCUGAUGGAGAGACGUGACAUCCGCCAAGUCACCGAACUGCUACAGAAAUACCUUAAGCGUUUCCAGCUUGCACCUUCCAUGGGAGAAGAGGAGGUCACUCACUGGUUUUUGCCACAGGACAACAUCAUUGAUACAUACGUAGUAGAGGGGGCCGGUGGCGUACUGACAGAUUUCACUAGUUUCUACACUCUGCCCUCGACGGUGAUGCAUCAUCCUCUCCAUAGGAGCCUGAAGGCGGCUUAUUCUUUUUACAAUGUUCAUACACAAACUCCGCUACUGGACCUAAUGAAUGAUGCACUGAUCUUGGCUAAACUGAAAGGUUUUGACGUGUUCAAUGCCUUGGAUUUAAUGGAGAAUAAGGUGUUCCUGGAGAAGCUCAAGUUUGGCAUAGGAGAUGGAAAUCUGCAGUAUUACCUCUACAAUUGGAAGUGUCCCCCUAUGGACCCUGAUAAGGUUGGCCUCGUCCUUCAGUAGCACGUGUCCUCACGGCAGCUACAAAAAAUACAGAUUGAGAGGUUUUCUGUGACCUCUGGCUACUCCUUACCUGGACAUACAGGUAGCCCAAGCUAGACAAUGAAAACUUCAACAGUCAAACCAACCUGGUGACCGGGCGGCGGUGCACCCGGCACUUGUGUCAUCAAGAACAUUCUCAGUUCACCCGGAGCUGAAAACUCUUAAAUCAUCAACAUCCUGAAUGUGAAGUCAUGCUAUGCCUGAGAUACUCAUACAGUACAAUGCUCCUGACACCAACGCUCACAUUUUAAAACACAUCAGUUUGACAUUCAAGAGGAUGCCUUGACAUUUGUGAGUCUUUGUUUAGCUCUUCCUCAGCAGACACUUUGUUACAAGGUACGGGCGUGUUGUUUAAUUUCAUUGAGGGAAAAAAAAUCAGGGAUGGGGAACCUUUUUUCUAUCAGGGGCCAUUUUAGUUUUUAUAACAUCCUUGGAGGGCCAUAGUAAAUUAUUGUUUAUUAUUGACACAUUUUCUAGGGCUCCAGAUCAACUCUUUACAUUGGUUGCACUGGUGCGUCUAACUUUUGGUACGACAAUGAAAUAACUUUUAAAGGUCCAGUGUGUAAGAUUUAGGUGAAAUGAAACAAUUGGCAGAUUUUUAAUGU